CUUAUACUAAGACCUUACCAAUAGAGAGGUUGCCAUAUUUGUUUAGGAAUGUAGUGAAACAUUCACGGACACCUGUUUUUUUCUUGCCAAAAUGAGGUAAAAUUAGACGCACUUUUGCAAAUUCGUGACCCCAAGUGUCUUAGGAAAAUAUUAGAACAAUGUAGCGAACGACAACGAACGACAUGAGGCGAGCGGACGAACGAAGGGAGAGGCCGGCAGAGCACCUGACAGGGCCUGGUCUUAGUAUCGUUGGCAUGUCUUUUUUGCUGACAUCAUGUUCACAGUGGUUUUCUUUUGUGCUGGCGAUCUUAGUUUUGGUUCCAAGACCUGCAGCUGCCGUCGAUGCAAGGUGCUAUGACUGGCAGGGUUACAAGGUGGAGGAGGGAUCUCAGUACAUCCCUAAGGGGGAUGACCCCUGCAUGGUUUGUGUGUGUGAGAAGGGAUUCCCCACCAUGUGUGCCUCCCCCAGUUGCUCCCCACCACAGUGUAAGAUGUUUGAGGAGGUGGAGGGCAAGUGUUGUGAAUAUGUCUGUGUGGUCUCUCCCAUUGUUCCACCUGCCACCAAUGGCACUGGAGGGAAUGUUGUCCCCAAUGUAGAGAACACAGCAGAUGCUGCCAGUGCUGCAGACCUGGGAUUACGUUUGGCUGCCAGUACCUUGACAUCAAUCCUCAUCCUGGCACUGCUCCUGUUCAUGAUACAUAGACUCAGGAAGAGACGCAUGCUGGUCAUGAUGAGAAGACUAAACAGCCCCAGCAGUGAGCGCCAUCUAGAGGAUGACACUGUAGCAUAUGUGGCAGGCUACGAUGAGGUGAAUAUUGGCUUAGCAUUUCCACCAUACGAGGAACCACCACCACCAUAUACACCAUGGAAAGCUCCAGACAUCCUACCACCAGCAUAUGAUACCAUAGCCAAUACUAAUCAGCAGUUAGGUCAAGAAAAUAGCAGACCAUCUGCUUCAGUGACUGGGCGGCUGCCUAAUGUACCCCCUGCAGGUUACAUAGCAGAACUAAUCAGUAGAAAUGCUGCGAGGGGUCAGGCUGCUGGAGAACAUCCACACACCUCUCGGGAAAUUGCAUCAGAAAGUUCUACAAGAAGAGAACAUGAUGCUGGAAACAGCAGUACCUUGCCAUUACCUUGUAACUGUGCAAGUGCUACUGAAACUCCACAGUCCAAUACAAAUGCAAGCACUGAGUCAAAUCCUGAAUGUUCUCAGGUGAUAAGAGAUAGAGGGCCAGUAGUGAUACCGAAUGUCAGAGUAGAGAGGGUGCAGGUGCAAAACAAUGCUGCCUCAGAGCCAACCAUGUCUCCACGCUCUGUGGCUGAACCUAUGGUGAUCCAGUCCUCUAGUGCUGCUGAUGAUUAUGUUCCAAAGGGAACAAGAAGCUCCCUGGUUAGGCAAAAUGAUAACUUGCAAAUAAGAAGAAAUUCUGACAGCCCAAGAAGUUCUUAUAUUAGUGAAAAUGGGGAAGGAAACAAUGAGCCUGUUGCUUCUAAGAACAAUACAAAAAUGAUUAGACCUGAGAGUACUCUAUCAAGAACUUCGUGUAAUUCUGGGGAUUCCACUGAAAAGAAAUGUGGACCACAGAGAGCUUUCAUAGAACAACGAGAGGAUGAGAUCAUUGUGUGGCGUGACAGGGACAGCCCCAGGGUAUCCCUCAUAUUGCGGGAAAGUGACCCUGAGGGGGCUGUAGGGGGCUACUGCCACGACAAUCCAGUCAUGAAGGCAGUCUCACCUAAACAAUUUGUGAAGAGUUUCUCCUGUGACCAUGAGCAGGAGCUUCCUCGUGCAUCUGCCUUCCAAGUUGUGGAAUCUGAACCACCAUCUGGUACACAGGCUAGAAGGAGUCUUCCUCCUAAUUCAUUGGACUUCAUCUUCAGACCUAUUGAUCCUGAUAGAAAUACUGGGACCAACCUUAAAGAACCUUCACCAGCAGCAGGAUCAGACAGGUUGGGAUUGAUUAACCCAAGAGCUGUGCCUCUUGCCAUAGCCCUUACUUCAGAGGGAGGCAGCCAGAAAAGCCCACUGCAUGCUGUUUUCACUCCCAAUGGACCAAAUACUAGGAAAUGUGUGGGGCGAUCACAUUCCAUAACUUCACAGAUGUCUAUUGCAUCUGUAUGUUCAGAGACUGGAGAGAUGCGGGAACGCCGUCAACAGGGGGCAGCAGCUGCUGCAAUGACAGCUUUGCAGACUGAUGCCUCUUAUCCUGCCAUUGCCAAUGAGAGUAGGGGAGAUACUUUCAGAGUGCAACCUGACUCUAGUAGACAUAUACCAGCUGUGCAAAGUGACUCACAACUUUUACAUAAUAAAGCAAAUUUUUGUAACCAGGACAAUGUUGACCACACUCACGGGGACAGUCCAGUUGGAAUAGUGGGUGAGGAACGCAGGGACAAUCAGCACAAUGGGGCAAGGGUGAAGCAAAACCAUGAUGCCACAACAGCAGUUGGCAAGUCCAAGAAGAAAUCAAGAAACAGAGCUCGAAGAAAGUCUUCAGCAGGGACAAAAGACAUUGUUGGCAAUCAUAAUGGUGCUGCUGCAGAAAGUCCUGCAGCAGGUGACAAAUCAGUCAAUAAUGGCAACCCAUUGGUUAAAAUGUACAUGAAAAGUCUGAAGGACCCCAAUCCCAAAUUCAAGCAGUAUGGUUUUAUUGACAGCCCAGAUGUUCUGUCCACACGGGAAACUGUGCAGUCUUUGGACACAGACACUCCUGAUCAACAAAGAUCAAGAUCUGUAGAAAGGAGGAGGUCAAACUCGGGUGACAGGGCAAGGUCACAGAGCAGGUCACGAGACCAUUCCACGGGGAGGAAAUCUCUUAGUCCAGGAUGCCAAAAGAAAAGACAUUCAACACGGUUGUCCGGGAACUUUAACUACCAGAGUUUGCCAACUCAUGGUUCUCCAGAACAUCAACCAUUUACUGCAGAUCAGACCACAGAGCACAGUCGACGCCAAAGGAGGAUACAAGAAACUCCAGUUUUGACACUACAGAGGUCUAAUUCUGAGACCUCUCUCCAUGGCACACAUAUGGACCGCCCUAGUGUCACAGAGGGCCCGAGUCCCAGAGGCAGUGCUGUUAAUACAGAGCCAAGGGGAAAGGGAGACAGAGGGAGGAGAGGGAGGACAAUAUCUCAGAAUCGUAGAAGUUUACCUUCUGUGCCCCCACACAAGAGUUAUGUGUAAUAUCAUUACUUUGUUUUGCAUU